AUGUGGAAAUACUUGCUAGCUCUUGCCUCCAUUUAUCCUCACAUUCUCCUGGCGAGUUACGAUUCAAAUCUCCGGCUUCUUGGCCUCUCUGUCGCUCAAACUGGACAAAGGAGUGAUGAGUGGGCAAACAGUACAGACUUGAUCUGCAAGCCAUCCGAGUCUCCCUUCUUUUCCUCAUCACAAAACCUGGUGUACAAGUAUGACAAAAUUAUCCCACCGACAACACUGAUUCCGUUCCGAGAUGGGUUCUCCAAAUCGACGUGUUUUGCAAAUCCGAUCGAUAACAAACCGGAGGAAUACUGCAUCUUCAUCAACCCAACGAUCAACGGGGGGCAAGGAAUGGUGGUAGUGACGCCGACAGAGCUUUUCGAAGACAGUCUCAACGAUGGCCUCAAGCUCUCGGAUGAUCCGCCGAAUCCCGAAUCCCUGAAGGUUGUUCCGAUGCCUGAAAAAGGUGGGAUGGGAGCUCUGGCUGCGCGCAACCUUCGGAGAGGCGAUCCGGUCCAACGGACGCGUCCUGUGGCCCUCGUUGCCGCUGCUCAACCGAUCUGGUCCACUCGCCUUGGCCGCAGUAUUCGGCGACAAGCUAUCGACCAUUUGCCGCUCCAUACGCGAGCCGCAAUCGCAAGCCUCCACGGUCAGGGUCAAACUGAGGACGAGUUUAUUUCUAGCGUCAUUGAAGCCAACAUGUUUGCUACCAAGUUGUUUGGAGACGAAGCCACACACUUUGGCGCAUUGGUUUUGCAGGGAUCUCGAUUGAAUCACGCCUGCCGACCCAACGUAGUCUACUACGUCGAUCACGAGACACAGCUCUUGCAUAUGACAGCGUUUGAGUCAAUUUCCAUGGGCGAAGAGCUUACCAUCAGUUAUCGUUCUUUAGAAAUGGACCGCGCAAGUCGACAAGAUGACCUCCAAGAGUCCUAUGGUUUUAGGUGCACCUGUUCACAUUGUCAAAUGAGUGCCGAACUGGGGAGACUCUCAGAUCAACGACUCCUGCGAAUAGCCGCACUCAAAAAGAAAUACUUUUCUGAGGAUCCAAAGUUUUCUGCUGAUGACGUUAAUGAGCUCGUCAAUCUUUGCCAAACGGAGAAGAUCCCUUGGUGCAUCACGCUCUCAAACCUCAUCGCCGCAGAAUUCUUCAAUUCCUUAGGGAAAAUUCAGGAAGUUAAAGAACAUGCAGAAGAAGCAAAGAGUAUGGGACUGCUUAUUGCUGGAGCACACUGGCCUGAUCUUGGUGAGGUCGAACUGCUUCUGAGUGAACCUGAAAAACACAACUCUCAUUUUUCUAGACAGUAGAGAAUCGAUAUCCUAGACUCCAUCAUCAACAUUCCCAAGUCUCAAGAUACAUUGCUGAAAUCAGAA